CAAGACAAUGUAUAAUCAGUGGAAAGAGCGAAUAUGUGACUCCUCACAGAAUGACCGUUGGACAGUUCAGUCCAUUCUUUACAAAGGCCGCUAUUCUCCUUUGCAAUUAAGAGGAAAAUCUCCCAUAUUGUUUCCUAGGUUGUCACCAACCAUUUCUGGUGCAAGAAUAUUGUAUCAAAGUAUUUUCCAGAAAUGGACUCUCACUAGUGAUACUUGUGAGAGUAGAAAGACCUUGAAUAUAAUGAAGAAGCAGAGAAUCUCUCGACAUAACAGAAGAAUUCUUCCAUUGUUGUUGAAAGUAAUUCGACGUUGCAGGAAAUGCAAACUUCUUGGAAUCUUGAAAAGAUGUUGUCCUUUGCCGUCACAAGCUUUCAAUAUUAUUGCUAGCAAGUCCCAUACAGGUGGUUUUAAAAGGAAGCACCAUCCAAUGUAUGAUAUUCCUAUUGGCAAGAGAGCUCGUUUGGCAUCUGAAGGUAGUUGUAAAAGAGUGGAAUCUGUCAACAAGUCCCUUGAAGAAGACAAGUUCAUUAAUAAUGGCACAUAUGAUGCUCAGCAACAGCAAGAGCUUUUUGCUCGUUUGGUGCAUUGGUACUCGCGACCACGACAAGUUACCAGAUUUUUAGCUACUCUCUGUUCAUUUAUUAUUCCACAACAACUUUGGGGUGCAACUAGGAAUAGAAAUAUAUUCAACAAAUGGUUGGCACAGUUAGUUCGAUUGAGAAGAGAUGAUGAACUCUCCAUUCAGCAACUAAUGCAAUCGAUGGAUCUCUACUCUUUACCAUGGAUUGCAUCCAAAAACACGAGCAAUCCAACCCAAUAUCAGUAUAAUCGAAGAAGAUUCUAUCUAUUCCUACGAUGGAUUGUUUUUUCAAUCCUGAAGCCUAUUCUAACUGCAUGUUUCUAUAGCACGGACUCUGAAAUGUUCCGCAAAAGAAUUUUACAUUAUCGAGUAGAUGUAUGGAGACGUAUUGAGAAUCUCUUUCAUUCUUCUCUUCAUGCUUCUUCUUCUUCCUUUCAACGGUUACAUUCCAACGUGCAACUAAUUUCCGAGGAGGAGUCUGCAACCAUUUCUCAACUUCGACUACUUCCCAAAACCUCAGGGCUACGCAAAAUACAAAUUCCAAUCCAAUCGAGUUUCAAGCAAAAGGGAAAAACAAUACGAUUACGAAGAAACACCUCCAACUUGACCAAUCAUGUUUUAACGAAUAUACAAGCCAUCAUGGAAUUUGAACGACGAAAAAACUCUCUUCUUUUCGCAUCGUGUGUAUUGUCACUCGAUGAGAUUUAUCUUGCGUGGUUGAAACUAAAACGAGAAUGGAAAGCAGCAGGAAAGCCUCAUAUGUAUAUGGCAGCCGUAGAUAUUUCUAAUGCUUUUGAUACCAUUCAACUUGGGCUUGUAACUGAAAGGAUUCUUUCGGAACUUUUCCAAGAAGAUGAAUAUGUUAUUCUUCGUUUUUGUGCAACUUUCAGGACUCAUCAAAAUGCCAAUCCUUUUCUUACCAAAUUUGAGAAGGUGGUUUGUAACGAUCCACUUGAAGAGUCUCAUUUUCUAUUAUUAUGCAGAAAUAAGAUUGCCAACAAAUUCAGAAAGGCUAUUAUUACCGAUCAAGUAUCACGAAUUGUUCUCUCACGAGAAACGAUACUACAUGUGUUGAAACAACGUUUGAUGAAUAAUAUAGUCCUUUUCCGAAAUGGACUUUAUCAUCAAAAACAAGGAAUACCUCAAGGAAUGACGCUUUCUUCUAGAAUCGCUUCCCUUUAUUAUGGUCAUUUCGAACGUCAUUGUCUUAGUCCUUAUCUUUCAACAACUGAACAAGAAAAGGAGGUUCAUUUGAGUCUACGGCUCGUAGAUGACUUCCUCUAUGUUAGUUCUGAUAGGAAAAAGAUAUUACAAUUUCUUCAAGUCAUGAACAAUGGAUCGCCCCAAUAUGGACUUUGUAUCAAUAGCAACAAGACUCGUACUCAUCUAGGAGAAGAAACGACGAAUGAACAGGGUCUAUCAAAACAAUUCUCAAGAAGAAAUGUUAUUCAGUUGCCAUGGUGUGGACUACUUAUACACUGUCAAAACCUUGAGAUUACUGUUGACUAUUCACGUUAUUUUGAGUCGUCCAUCUACGACACGCUAUCUUGUAAAGCUUCCGAAUCAUGUAGGGAGACUUUGUUGCAUAGAGCACAACAAGUCUUUUCUAUGAAGGUGAGUUAAACUAGCUCUCUACAAGACAUACAGUUCACUUCCUUCUCACUAGUUCCACGCUAUACUUAUUGAUGCUAAUAUCAACAGUCAGCGAACAAUCAUUCUCAACAUAUUUCAAGCGAGUCUUCUAUUUGCGAUAAAGUAUUUCGGGUAAGUGCGAGUUUGUCGCUACACA